AUGUCGUUCUAUCAGGACUCUGAGGGCGAUGUGGAGGCUCCGACCGGCUCCGACUCACUGACUCAGAGCGCCGGCGGCGGAGCGUCAGCAGCAGCGGGCCCUUCCCUGAGAGGGAGACCACACCCGACAACGUCGAAAGUCGCUUACUUCAAGAGGAAAUAUGCGGAGGAGGAGGAUGUACACGGAGGCCUACAUGGAUAUUUUCAAAAACACCUGAUCCUGCAGGAGGACCGGAGCUGCAUCCUGAAGCUGUCCCUGGAGAAGCUGAGGUUCCUGGAGGACCCCGAGGCCUACCUGAGGCGCUCCGUCCUCAUCAACAACCUGCUGAGGAAGAUCCACCAUGAGGAGGAGGAGCUGGAGGCCGGAGAGGAGGAGGAGGAGGAGGAGGAGGAGGAAGAUGAGGUAGAAGAAGAAGAAGAAGAAGAGGAGGAGGAGGAAGAGGAAGGGGGGGUGUUGGGAGAGAGGGGGCAGAGGAGGCUUCUGUACCCGGACAGGAAGAGGGUGAAGGUGCUGGUGAUGGACUGCUGCGCCCCGGCGUUCGGCCUGGAGGAGCUGCAGCACUACCGGCUGGUGCCCUGUUACCCGUACGGCCUCCCCCCGAACCACCGGGUCCUCCUGUGCCACCCGGACGACAACGGCUGACGGGGUGCGGAGCCUCCGCUGCCUCUUUUCUGAAGACGGGAGAAAGCGAAGCGCCGGCUCGCGUUCCGGCCUUCUGGAAAGCUUUGGGCGUUUUCCCACUUUUAAAAAAUAAGCUUAAUGAGGGGCUGGUUCGGUUUGUUUUGUUUUGGCACCAACUCACCUCCUCACUGAGAGGAGGGGGAGGAGGCGCCCGGAUGUCGAUGUCAAACCAUCGCAGCAUCACUGCCUUUUUUACUUUUACUUGAGUGACUCUCAGCAGGCGGUCGGUGUUGUUCUAUUGAUUUUUUUAUGUAUUAUUGUUAUCGUUGCUCAUGUGAACCGUGAGCGUAUUCAGGGAUUUACAGACUGCAGGCGAAGUUCCUUUUGAUGCACCUGAUACGCUUCUCUUAUCUCUCUUUGCUACCGGGUUGAUUUGUGCACCGCGCAAGGCUCCCCGCUGUGUGAGUCAUCAUCUCCGCGGUGCGUUCACGGCCCGUGGGAAGACUGGGGCUUUCUCUGCGUUUGCUGCCCUGUGUUUUGCAUCCCUCUGCUGCCCUCGGCUGGUGAACCCUUUUCAUCUCAAAGCCAUUUUUAGUGGCUGAUAUUUUCAAGUUCCUCAACUGGUUGAUGAGGAAAUUCCCCAAUUUCUGCUUUUUAACAUAAAGAAAUCCAAUGGAUAAAGAUAUAAAUAUAGUUCUUCAUAGGAUAAGUGAUGAUAACAAAUGAAUAUACUUUUUUUCUGCUUAAAACUACCUGGUGGCGUGUUAUAAAGAAUGUAUUACAUGCGUAUAUUGUGCUUAAAAUAUUGAAUUGAUGGGGGUUAAAGUGGUGUUUUCUUGGAAAAAGGAUAAGAAUAUUUCUUUCCUAUUUAAAGGAAGACUUUAUUUCCUGCUUUGUUAAAGAUGUUCUUUUCCCUGAAAUGUAGCUUUAAGUCCAAAUUAAAUUCCCUCUUUCUCUAACUGACAGUGAGUCAAUAAGGGCAGCUGAAAUGUUUCCACAGAGAUUCAUUAUUUAAUGUUGCACACGGUGUGCUGAGCUGGGAUUAACGCCUCGUCCUCCUUCAGCCUCUCAUCUGUGUUUUAAAUGUUCAGUCCAGUCUCUUCACGUUGUGCAUCUUGAUAACCAUCUCUACAACGGAAAACAACUACAAAAAAACAUGCUGGCAACUAUUACAGAGAAGCUGGAUAUUUUAAAAAAAACAAGAAUUUAUAUUUUGAUGAAAAUGCUUAUUCCAUAUUUAAGAUAAACUAUUUUGAAAAAGGGCCAGUAAACUUUUUUCAGGUGAUUGAUUGUUAAAUAAAGUGACAAAAAUGU